GCAUGUUCUCUAAAGACUUUCCAAUAAAGGAGUGACUCACUAGAACAAAUACAGGAGUGAUUUCACUCUACCAAUAUGAAGAAAAGUGCUCCUCUCCUUUUGUGUAUCAUCUUCCUGACUCUGACUGGAGUUCAAGGAAUCCCAGCAAUAAGGAAUGGACGCUGUUCCUGCAUCAACACCAGCCAAGGGAUGAUCCACCCAAAAUCCAUAAAGGACCUUAAACAAUUUGCUCCAAGCCCUACUUGUGAGAAAAUUGAAAUCAUCGCUACAAUGAAGAAUGGGGCUCAAGUCUGCCUAAACCCAGAUUUACCAGAAGUGAAAGAACUGAUUAAAGAGUGGGAGAAACAGGUCAACCAAAAGAAAAAGCAAAGGAAAGGGAAAAAAUAUAAAAAAACCAAGAAAGUUCCAAAAGUUAAAAGAUCUCAACGUCCUUCUCAAAAGAAGACUACAUGAGCUCCCACUUCACCAACCACUAUCUUGUGUUAAAACAGGUUCUUUUUAACUCACUGAAAUAAUUCCUGAAAGGGAUGGCAUCUUAAUACAAAAGCUUGUUGAUCUGACUAGAAAAUUUAAAACAUUAUUGUAUAAUUGUAAUUAAAUCUAGAAAAUUGCUUUUCAAAAUCCAAAUGUGAACAGUUGUUAGAGGCUAUAGUUUGUCUUUGUUCUUCCACCUCCGACCUCUGAAUUUCCUCAUGCUUAAGCCCACAGUCUUAGCAACACCCACAUCUGGACAAAUGUCCUCACAACUACAGCCCACACACAACAGCUGCCUGGGAGAGCAGCUGCAGGCUUCCCAGGCCUCCAGAGAACAUCGUGAGGCCUAGGUCAGCAGGCCCCCAGCCAGGCAGUGUGCUGGCAAGCAAAGCAGUUUGGAGUUGAGCUGGGCCUCGCCAAGCUGCUGUAGCUGUCAGCAUCUCUAUUUGCAUCAGCCUGUGGGCCUCAUAUACAGUGUAUCCGAGAGAUUCAUGCAGGUUAUUUCUCUUGGCGGGGGGAGAAGACCCCUAGCACUUGGCUUUCAGAACCUUCCAUCUGGUGUUGAGGCCGUGUGACUCCAUCUGGCCUGCCCACGCUGACCGCUUCAUUCCUUCCUGUUCCCUUUGCUUCAGUCAAGCCAGCUCCUCAUUCAUCCUCCCACGGUUCAGUGUCCACCCCCUCUACCACACAGGUCACAUCCUGCCUUACCUGGGUCUACAGCUUUCUCACUCUUCCCCCAAUAGCCCAUGGAAAUGUCUCCUUCCCCUCACACGUAUUCGCUUCAUCCAGUCUUCAAGGGUCAUUUUCACCCUGCCUCUGCAACAAAAUCUUUCCACUUGGAUUUUUUUAAGACUCCUAUUUCGCUGGUGUUCAACACCAUACAGGUGAGCACUUCAUUGCUUUCUAUUUUUUCGCUUGUUCAUUUUAAUUCUCCAACCAGAUUGUCAGCUCCUUGAGGGCAGGGGGCACAGUUUAUUUCCCUGAAUCUGCCACCAUGCCUAAUAUACUGUGGAACUAGGUUUUGAAUCAUUUCUUAAUUGCAGAUGUUACAGGUAGGAGGACAAUAGACCGUCUCCUCAAAGCAGGAGGAGUUAACUGGCUACUCCAUGUAGUCUAACCCUGGUAACAUCUUUUAUUCAUUAUCUUCAGGCCGUUAUCACUUCAAGGACUGAGGGUAAUGCAACAUCCUUGUUUCUUUUCUUCUUCUUUGAGUGUGUGUUAAACAGCUUUAAUCUCGGUCAUUGCGGCUUCUCAGCACAGUAAGAAAUAUUGCACAUGUUCAACAUGUCUUGUUCUGGGGAUGCAUCCUCGUUUUAUUGUGACAGGAUGUUAACUUGGCCUCUCCAACGGAUAAGAAGGAAACGUUUAAAUCAUUUGUGGAUAUUCUAAAUGGUUUUAAUUAAAUAUAUAGGACACCUGGAAUCAUAGAAUCUUAACAAUGGAAAGGCACUUUGGAGACCAGCCAGUGUCUAACCUUUCCCCACAGAAAAUAAAAAUUCCUUCAGUACCAUUCCUGACAAGCCUCAGUUUUCCAAGAUCUGACAAGAAAGUCACCAAGAUCCUUUUGAAAACUCAUUUUAGGUAAAUGUGAAUUUCAUUGUCAGUUUAACUGGUUUCCAAGUUUGUGAAUAUUGUGAUUAUCAAUCACCACACCAGCUAUCAUGAAGAGUGUAUUAAGUCACCAGUGCUAGAGGGAGCAGUGAAUCCUGUUAGUGGAGGCAGGGAUAGUGCCCAGUGAGCCUCUGCAGGGCUUGGAAACCCUCUUAAAAAGGACGUUUCAAGCACUGCAUAAGAGAGGAUGUCAGGCCAGGAUUUAACCCCUGUCUUGUUUCUCAAAUGUUGUCGCUCCUUACAAUGCAGAUGAUUUUCAGUGCUGCCCAGUGGCAGUCCCAAACAGCGUCUUAACUAGUCAUGAGACUCUUAGCUCCUUUCAUGUAACUCCCCUGAAAAAUCUAAAUGUUCCAUAAUCUGAGCGUUUGACCCAGUUACCUUGCAUCUUACUGCUAAAGUGGUCAGUAUAUCACUAAUACCCAAAGACUACAUGUUUUGACUAAGUUAGCUAUGACAUAUAUAUAUCAUUUAUAUAUAUACAUAUAUGCUCUAAGCAAAUAUUAAUUCAAAGCAGAAUUGACAUCUAUACUUUGUACUUUGAAAUAUUUUCUU